AUGGACACCACUUCACAGCGAGGUGCCAGUACUUCUGUCGGCACGUCGCAGGAAGAGCGGGACCGCAAUGUGUUGCGUCUCGCUCCAGAAAAGAAGGCAUGGAUGCCUCCUAAAUCCGUCAUGGAUCACUUGUCGGCGACGACGAGUGAUCGUUAUCGAACACGAUUGUUCGAUUCGUCAAGGAUUCAUCACCUUGACCCCAGCGCGAAAAACUAUCGCGCUGAGAAUGAAUUCUUCAUCGAUGCUUUCUUUAAAUAUCGAUGGUACAGUGGGAAUCACAAACGUGAUGGUCCCUCACUGCUUCAGGCGUGGAACGCCUACAUCCAUAACCUUGAGGAUGUAGGUCGUGACGCUUGGAACGACAAACUUAUCAAAGCUCGUGAUAAGUUUGAAAAGCGAACCCCGACAGGUACACGCUACAAGCUGCAUCGUCUAUCAAGGGAGAAGGGAUUACACUGCCUCUCAUGGGGAGACUCGUGCCCAUGUUGUGUGAACAACUCUGCACGAGCACCUAAGGAGGCUUACCUCCUUACCAGCCCGUGGUGGCGCGUACGUGUCUCUACUGAGAUGUACGAAGGGAUUGACAACCUGAAAUCCCUUUACGACCGUGCCGGGAAGACUUUCUCCGGCGGUCCUUCUGCGGCACAGGAUGUGUCGCGUCGUACUGCUCGACCAGACCCAGUACGUCAACCAUCAAUUGGGAGCGGGGCUCCCAAGAAUCCCAGGACGGGGGAUAGCCGCGCCACCGGACGAGGUAACUCGUCCGACGUCCGUUCACGUCGCGGUGGUUCAACAGCUGCUCUACUAGAUAGCGCUGGCCACCGCGAGAGUCCUCUAAUGGAGGUGGAGGAGGAGGAAAGACGCUCUCCACACGAUCAUGUGGAUCGGUGUGUUCCCGAGAGCUUCUUUGAUCGCGUAACGCAAGGGUUACGCGACGAUCUCGAGCAUGAGCGUAAUAGGCGUCUCCAGAUGGUGGACACUGCCUCGAAGCAUCGAGCUGAGUUUGCCUUUGCUCAGCUUGAGAACGAGAGAUCUCUGACAUCUCUUCGUGACGAGCUAAGGGUAGCUCGUGGGAUUGUUGAUCGGUCUCGGGCUGAGAUAACUGCUCUUCAGACCCUUGUUGAUGCCCACCAUCGGGAGCACAAGGCUCUCUGCGAGAUGCUUGAGCGCAAGGGCGUUCUUCAUCGGAAGAAGCAGCGUACUGAUGGUACGGCUUAA